AUGGGGCGCAAGUCUGUGAAAUCUGCUUCAACUUGGACACGAAGCACGUCUGAUGGAGAAGCUCUCAGACCCAUGUACGUAAACUGACCGAAAAAAAAUGACCUCGAUAUUUUACAAAAGUAUUAAGCUCGAAUUCAUAUUUAGGUCGAAAAAAGGCAAAGCCAUCAUCAAAACCCAACAGGUGGAUGUGGUGACUGAUGAAGAAGAUUAUGAGCAUAAGCCCGAUUCAACUAGUGAAAGGUACUCGAGUAACUUCGAUGUAUUUUUCAAAUGGCAAGUUGGUUGAGGAAAAGGUCGAAUGAUGAGCUGCGACAUUUGCAAGACAGUCUGUCGCAGUUUUUCACGCCCACAGCGGGCCGACGCGCAAGAAUCGAAUCGUUGAGCUCUCCCAAGGCUACCAAAAUUGACGAGGUUUUUUCUGUUUUUUUUUUCUUACUUCAGAAAAGGUGAAAAGCUUGAUCUUUAGGUAACAUUGGAGAGUAGUGACGACGAUAAGGUGAAGGAGGAUGAAAAGAUUAAACACUACAAGGCAGUCGAAAAGUUGGAGCCAUUCGAUGACGGCUAUGAAAGGUCAGCGCGCUGUUCGACGACGACGACGACGACCAGAAACUUCACCAAGAGAGGCACCACUAGCGGCUGCAACAAGCCAAUUGACACAACAGCUACUGCUAGUGGUAGCAGCAAAAAAUACAACGAGGUUAUUUCAAAACAUGAAUCAAGGCAAAAAUCAAGUUCUUCUUCUUCCUUCAGCCACUCACGGUAGAUGUCGUGACCAUAUCUCCGGGUGACCAUGAAGACGCUUCUCCGCAGAGGAGUCUUUCCAAACUCACCGAUUCGUUGUCGCCCUACUUUAGCGCCACUAGUGAAAAGCGUCGAACAGUACAACGUGGCGAAUUUCUUCAUCUUUGCGGCGGCUCGGGACCUCGCUACCUGCCCCAUCUCAGACAAGGUGUUAUUUCAUCUUUCUUUUUUACUCAACAAAGAAGGUUUCGUGAAUAAAAAUACUUUUCGGCUAGGACGUGCGAGGCGGAAAAGCAUUUGCUGCACUCUUGGCGUGAAAAUGACUUUCAUAAUUUCUUGUUUCAAAGCGUGAUUUUCUUUGUGGACUUGCAUUCAAAAACUUCGUUGCACAUUAAAAAAAUUACAGCCUUUCAUUAUCGGACAUUUGUAACGCAAAACGGACGCGAAUCGGACGUGUCGGGGCGUUUCGAGUGACCACUUUAGCAGCUUCAGCCCUCAUUAGUGAUUCCUAGAAUUGCCCAAAAACGUCUAGAGUACGUCCGUUCCGCGUUACCUAUGUCCGAGUUUGCUUUAUUUCCAACAAAAUUCCCGCGGCGGUCACAAAGGAUACGUGCGCGCCAAGGCCAAACAAUGCAACCUCUUGAGGACUGCUGUCAAUACUCACGGCGUUCUGCUAGUGGAAGAAAAUGUCAAAGUUUUGAAAAUGCGGAGUGGGUUACAAAGGUUGCUUCACCUUGAAAUACGGUAGACAGGUUUGCGCGCGAGCGUUUGAUAUUCUUGUUGCUCAAAUGCUUCAGGUGAUUUUUCAUUUUUAUUUUUGUUGUAUAUAUCUUUAUCUUUAUCUGUUUGUUUCUGAUUUACGGUAAAUAUUUCUCAUUGCGACAGAAAAAUGCGAAGGAAUUUUUUGUUAUUUAGUUUUCAAAGUUAACUGCUCGGUUUUGACCAAGUUUCCCUUCCAAAGCUCUAAAGCAAUGCUUUCAGUGACAUUUUCAGUGUCAAAUUAAAAUUUUAAUUUGAAUAAACUGAUCUUCAUUUUCGCAAAAUCGGAAUGGUAUGACGACGUUGCAGGGGAGAAAAAAUACCACUAGGUGGAUGAACUAAACCACACAUAUAACGAAAAAUGUUUUUUUGAUUUUUUGAUCAGUAGGAAAAGAAACACAGAACCAUAAUAAGUUAUUUGCGGCACAAGAUGCACUUUUUCACUUAAAAAAAAUACUUCAACUACUUUUUGGGGGAAAAAAAGUACUUUACCUACUUUUGGGGGUUAAAAGGAAUAAAAUUGUUCAAAAAGUAAGAAAAACUUUCGCUCAAAUUUUUUUUUUGUCAACUAGAAAAUGGAACUGUGAAAUUUUUUUAAAUUUUUUCCGUCUCUAGUGUUGAAAAAACGCCAUUUUUCGAAGAAAAUUAUUAUUUUCGAAUUUAAUGAAAAUGCGAGUUAGCGUCGUUGUGUGUUUGCACCAAUGACGUCAAAUACUACGGAAAUAAAGGGCGGGGCGUCAUCAAAAGAACGUCGUGAUACUGUCGACAGUAUAGGUACGACAUGUCGUACCUAUAUAUUGCAAAAUUAGCCCGAAAAAUCUUUUUUCCACAUUUUGAUUUUACCGGCUUGCUGGAAAAAGUCGGUCGCUUUUUAAAGUGGCCAUUUUUUAAAAUUUUGAAUUUCUUUCAGUUCUAAAUUGCGAACUUGAAUCAUUUUAGUGUCCAAAAUGCGUUGAAUAUUCGAUUGUUUUUAAGUUUCGAGAAACCAAUUGAUGGUGACCCAAAGUAAGAUAUGUCUUCAUCGGACAAAACGAAAAUUGCUUCAAAACGCAAAAAAAUUGCUCCAAAACAAAAAUUAGUACUGUUUUGGAGCAACUUUGGCGCGCCGAUGAACACGGUUUUUCGUUUUGAAGCAUGUUCCGUUCCUCCGACACGCCACAAGAUUUUUCAAUAAAUUUUAUGUCAGCUUUGCAAAUUCGACCUGAAAUCGGGCAUGCCGAUUUUUUCUCUGUUUUCGAGUUUUGCAAUAUUUUCGAGUAAAAUCCGUUUUGUGCGGGAAUUUCCUUUGAAUGGGGUACAUGCGAAGGAAAAAGUUUUAGGAUCUCCGAAGUGCGUAUUUAUUUUGCCAAGUUGUAAGAAAACAUUUUUUCACUUUUCUUUUUGUUAAAAUCGCGAAAAAAAAAAAUUGCAGCUGCAGAACAGCUCUCAUCGUCGCAAAACUCACCUCACGGAGCGCCAAAAGUUGUUGCCUCAGUGGUGUCGCCGCUUCCUGACGAGGUCGAUCAAGAAGAGGUUUAUACUGUAUUUUUUUUUAAAACGCGUUCGAGGUGAUCCCUGUUUCACUUACAUGCCGUGUUCAAAGUAAUUUCCGCGAAAUGCAAAAUACACGUUAGAGAAAGGAAAAGAUCAAUAAAUUUUGGAGAGUCAGAGAUCAUUUUGCAUUUCGCGGAAAUUACUUUGAACACGGCAACAAGUUUCAUUUUUCGAAUUCAAUUUGUAGUCGGCCAAGAAGAGGCCAGCACGUAUGGAACGAUCUCGACGCAGUGGCCAGGUCGAUUUGCUGCAGCCAUUCGUCGGAGGGCGGCGUACGCAAAACAGCGCUAGCGCCGCUCUAUUCACAAAUCGCCAAAAGGAUGCUCGCCAGGUGAUUUUUUGGACCAAAUUUUCAAAUUUGUUGGAAAAUUGGCCAAAGUCUGUUUGGCAAAACAAAAAAUUGAACUGAUUUCAUUUCAAAAUCAAUUUUAAGAGCCCUAAGAACGACGAUCAAGACUUGGCGAAAAGAUGCCGUACGCCCAAAGUUCCGCAUUCGCCAAACGUUUCGCCUGUGAAGCGAUGCGGCGGCUUGAAAAAAGCUCCCAAACGCUUACAACUCGCCGUCAACAGCCACGACAGCAGCGACGAUAGUAAUAGCCGGGGUGAAGCGUCGUCUUCGUCGGUGCCGAUCAAGAGUGGCGUGCGUGUGCUAAAGUAAAUUUAUAUCCAUUCGUGAAUUACGACUUUUUUUUCUGCAGAUCCAAUGCCGUUGAGAAGGAAAACGAAGAAAAUGUGUCUGCAGAUGAACGAGUCGCCCAAGAGGACACCUUUAUGGUAGUUGGCUCUUUACUAUGGUCGUCAUCAUUUUACGUUUAUUGCCCUUUUCUCCUCUCAAUUUUCGCAACUUUUACGUAUACACGCGUAAAAAAAAUUCGGAAAGAAAAACCAUUUAUUUUUUGAAAGCAAAAGACGUUAAAGAAAAGUUUCAGGUCCCUAAAGAGUCGCAACAGAUUUACGAUAAAGUGGUUCAACGCGUUUCACAAGUGAGCGUUGGUCAUUCUUUCCUACAUGCCCUCUUUUCUAUUGCAGAAAAUCGAACGAGCAAUCGCAGAAGCCUGUCAGAGGUCGUCGAAUGAUCCGUCGUCGUCGGCUUCGGACAAGGAACCUCGGUGGCCGAGGGCGAUUCAUCUAGGCCGUGUCCAAGUUCAGACGUGGUUCUCGGCGCCGUACCCCCACGAGUGUGCACAUGUUCCUGUUCUCUACCUUUGCGAGUGGUGCCUCAAGUACAUCAAAACGGCCGAAAUUCUUCGACAGCACCUGGUUUGAGAACAGCAAUCUCAUGAACGCGGUAGAAUCGCAAAGAAAAAUUUUCCUAGCUCAAUGAUUCGUUUUCUUUUUAGUUCUUUUUUUCCGUCACUUAAUCUUCUCGAGAGAAUCCAGUGUUCCUUCUGCUAAUUGCAAUGGCGGUUUAACUUAUUGCAAUAGGGGCGCGAUAGAGCGAGCCGAUUUUUGUGCAUUUACGGGAUGGAAAUAAAGCGUUAAAUAAUGCAUUAUAAUGUUUUAGAGAUCUUUUAAUCUACCGUGUUCAAUGAUUUAGGGAAAUGGACAUUUCCCGAAAUAAUUUUAAACGAAUAACGCGUCAAUUUUGAAAUCGCCCAAAUUUAUUCGAACAGGGUAUUCCUUUCCUUUCAAAUUUCCGUCGCGAACUCACCUUCAUAGCAUUUUCGGCUGCUUUUGGUUGAACUUUCUAAGGAAAACUAAAAUUGGCUCGCGAAAUCGAUAUAUUUUUUAUUGCAAAACCAGUAUCUCUCUUUUAUCUUUCGCUAGAUUUUUUUUUCCGCGUGUCGGCAAAAAGUGUGGCCUUGACACGUUGGCCAUUCCUAGUCGGCUUCUUUUCGGCCCAAAAAUGCGUACGAGGAUUUGAUGAAAAACAAUCUCAACCUUUUUUUCCAGACAAAAUGCACCCUUUCGUAUCCACCAGGCAGAGAAGUGUACCGCCACGACGACAUUUCCGUUUUUGAGAUUGAUGGCAACUCAUCAAAGUCGGUCGAUUGUAUUGAUAAAGCGUCGCAAUUAAACGCGUUCAGGACGUACUGCCAGAACCUUUGCUUGCUGUCAAAGCUUUUUCUCGACCACAAGACGCUCUACUACGAUGUAGAGCCCUUUCUUUUCUACGUCUUGACGCGAAACGACGACAGAGGCUGCCACAUUGUUGGCUACUUCAGCAAGGUUCUUGGAAAGACGUUUUCUUGAACGUGAAAAGCCUUUUCCAGGAAAAGUACAGUACACAAAAGUACAACGUUUCGUGCAUAGUGACACUUCCCUACUAUCAGAAAAUGGGCUACGGGCGCUUUCUCAUUGAUUUCAGUACGUUGCUGUUUGUUCCUCGUUUGUUUGGCGGAAUGGAAAAAAACCUCUCAAUUUUUGACUUAUGUCUUCAUCGCUCUUCUUUCUAUAGAAAUGUGACGAAAAAAAAUUUUUAAUUUUAACAUUACGGGCAAACUCCAAAGACCUUAAAAAGGAAAAUCUAGAGCCCCUUUUGGUGUCAAAAUUUUCUCCGAAUCUCCUUUUUCCGCCAACUUCUUUUUCUGCUAAAAAGAUCAAGAAAAAAAGCUAUUUCCAAAGGUUCUGUUUAGGUCCUUCUUGACUUUGCCCAUGGGGUAAAACCUCGAGAAAAUGGCAAUCGCUCUUCUUUUUCUUGUUACCAAGACCUUUUACUAACGUCUCCUUCUAAAAGAUGCCUUCAUUGUAGAUUGGAAACGCUUACUUUAGAAACUUUGUGGUUUAGGCCCUCUCGCAGUUCGACUUUCCAAGGGAUAUAUCUUUGUGAAGUAGUAUAUUUAUUAUAAAAUGGAGAAUAAAAUUGAAAUUUCAUUUAUUUUUGAUUGCCCCCGCCAUAAAUUUUUGCGAAAAUGAAUAAAAUUGAAUACAAUUAUAAAUGAACAACCGGACAUUAAUUGUCAAAUUACAGGUUUUUUGCUCACUCGGAAAGAGAACAUGACAGGCACUCCGGAAAGGCCGCUCUCCGAUUUAGGCCGUGUCUCCUACGCGAGCUAUUGGCGGACUGCGCUUUUCGAGUGGAUCAACGUUCACGUCAAACGAAAAGCGCCCAGUCGAAUAUCCAUGCAUGGUUUGUUGCAUUUAAUUUCCUUUCUCUACCAGGGGGCACGGAAGAGAUUUGCGGAACUGUAGUUGAAUCAGAGUUUUUGAAAGAGACGGUUUUUUUUUUCAUCGGAGAAAAGUUGAGAAUGGUUAAGAUAUGUUUUUUUUUUGAUAGAUACAUCUCGAAAAGUUAUUUCUAUAGAGGGUACCAUCAUUAACAAAAAAAAAAAAAUUCAAAAACAGUUUUACCAUCUGCUAUUUUUGGAGGUUUCUAAAAACUGAGAGCUCAAUUAAAAUAAAUUUUUUGAUUUUUGUUUUCCAAUUACUUAUAGAUCAACUUUUUUACGAUGAAAAAAGUUGUACCCUCCAUAAAUUCCCAUUCAAGUUUUUUUCCGCAAUUCUCUUCCGUGCAACUCUGCUUUUCUACACGCUUUGAAGCAGCAACUUUUCAUGAUACUUGAUAUAACCAUGUUUUGCGCCUUGAAAGCUUCCAGUUUUUUUCACAAUCCAAGCAUACGUUUCAGAUCUGGCUGAGGGCACCGGAAUCGCCGCGGCAGACAUAUGCGAAACGCUCGAUGCUCUGGGCUGGAUUCAGGCCAAAGCAGACGGGUGCGCCAGACCUCUUUAAUUUUUUGAGUCACUGCUCAUUUUUUAAGCAAAUUUCAACUCGAAAUCAACUGGAAAAUGGUGGAAGCACAUUGCAAGGCGGUCGCAGACGACAAACGGCGGAUAUGGCUCGACGAAAGUGCACUUAAAGUACUUUUUUUUUCAACGUCUGACCACACGUUUGAAUUAGAGCUCUUAAAAAUGAACGUUCGAAUCACAUGAUGCUAUUCGAGCGUGUCAAAAUGUAACCUUUGAACAAACGUCCAGUGUAACGACAAUCUUGUCAGUCUAUGAAAAGAUGGUUCAUGCCAAUAACCUUCGACAUCCAUCGAAUAAUUUAGUCGACAUGUAGUUUGCUGAUAACGAAAGAGCCUUGAAAUUCAAAGGAGAGAAUGUCAUUUUUGAGAGCUUUUCUUUGAAUCAACCCAACUUGUGAUUUUAAGUGGGAGCCGACGGUUUACUCUCCCACUAAAGACUUUGGCCAGAGAUCGCCACAGUUUCCGUCGCCCCACCCGUCUCUGACGCCGAUGAAAACUCCAACGUCGGCGGUAGUCGGUGAAGGCUCGGUGCUUCGCAAGUCGUCCUCUUCCGUCACUGCUACGCCUUCUAUCGCUGCUGUCGGGGCGACAGUUCAGAGCGUUGGUUUUGAUGAUUUUCCCACUUUCAAAUACGGAUCGCGCGUCUGCUUGUUGUGAACUCAGCUAAUUUUCCUAUGACGGCAUUUCCGAUUUCUUUCUUAUCGUCAGAGAACUUUUCGAUUAUGCCUUGUAGCUCGGAGGAAAAUAAUGAUCAUGACAAGCUGGCGAAAUUAGCUAUAUAGCUGAUUCACAGCUGGCUUGAGUCAAAGAAACAAAAGGUCCUGACACGAAAAUAAAAGAGAGGGUGCCUGGUUGGUGGAGAGCGCAGACAGGAAACGCCUCUUAGCGGCACAAGCUAGCCAUGAAUCGGCUAUACGUAAGAAAAACAAUUGAGUUGACCUCAACAUGAUGAUUUGAAGCGCAUCAAAUUCGAACUAAAAGGUUUCGAACUGUGUUUCAACUUUUCUUAAAAAUUCCUCUUUCCAAAGUCUUUAACUAAAUAGAUAAAGAACCCUUUCUUAGGGCCGUAAUGGAAACACAAACUCAAGGUCAACGACGCGCAAUUUGCGCAAGCAGCUCGAAAAAGAAAAAGUGUCGUUCACCGUUGGCGCUGAAACAGCCAACACAUCGGAAGAACAAGAAGAAGAUGACGAAGAGCAUGACUCGCGUCAAACGAGCAAGCGCACCCGGAGAAAAACCAAAUUGACUUCAAGCGUAUGCAAAGGUUUCGGCGUGCACUUUGCGUCCUCCAAAGCCGAAAUUACAGACCGUACCAAAGAGUUUCGCAAAGACGAUGAUAGCGGUCCAGACGACGACAACGACGAUGAGGAUGAUCACUACCACCAACAAUCAACACGAGCCCUUACCAACUUUCGCCAAUCUAGAAAUGGUCAAUCUCAAACGUUGCUAUUUAGUUCUGGGGACAUUAAUAGAUCAAAAUCAACAGGGGCGCAAAAAAAAAAAAAUGAGAAAUGAGAGUUUCUAGGGAUAAACACCAAACUUCAUCGGAUUCUUUUUUAUGUCGUCGUCUUAAUUUCAGAGGAGAAACAAAAUUUGGAUACGCUACCGAGCUUUGCAUUCAGAACGGAACAAGAUUCAGGCGCUACACGAGCUGAAACAACUAAAACAAAUGGUGCCAGCGGCAGCAGCAAAUGGACAAAGUCAGGUCGAGUCACCCUGUAUGGUUCUAGCAGCGCCGAAGAUUCCGCCGGUCAUUCGUCUUCUUCUUCAAUGAGCUUCGACACUUCCGAAGGUUCGUCACGUGUGUAGCUCACGGCUUUUUAAUUUUUUUUUUGUACUCUCAGGUAGUCUUGCCUCAUCCGACUCGGACGCUGACGCCAACGUUGUUGAGACAUCUAAAAAGGCUAGAGAAGCAGCCGUUCCGCAGAAAGGGAAUCCUCACCUGCCGGCUUCUUUUCCUCUUAGGCGAAAAAAGAGAGGGGCUCCUAAAAAAGGGAGCAAGGGUAAAGUCCGUUUUUUUUUCGAUAUUGAACUGAUGGGAAAAAUUCCUCCUCUUCUCAGCGCACCAGAUUUAGGCGAUUCCAAACUCGCAACAACCACCUUCAACUUCGGAGAGCGGCAAGUUGUCCGGCGAAGAUGGACAUGCCGUAGCUUCGGCUGGCCAAACGAGAGGCCUUCUCAUGCAAGUCAACAAAGGUACGACCUGAACAAAACCACUCAACUGGCUCCACGGGACAAAAAUGCAGUUGAAACCCCAUGAUUUUCCAAAUCGUGGCCUUCCGCGCGAAGUUGAAAGACAAAGUUUGUAUAACCGAGUAUUCCCUUAUUGAAAAUUGAGACAUGUUCGAGUCAUUCGCUGAAUUUUCAAGUUGGAAAUGAAAAGAAAAUUAGAAGUCGUCGCCCUUGGCCAAUUUAUGAAUUGAUUCUGCGUUUUGCGUUUUCGUUUCAAUUUAGCGUUUGCACUAGACAUGCGUAGUUGAUUGCCAUUGAACCUCAUUUAUCAAUGACAUUUCAUAGGAAACGGUCGCAAGAACAAAGGCGGUGUGGUCCGUGAUCAAAAUAGAAAGAAGGACGCUAACAAGGCACGGAGCAGCUCGAGCGAGUUGAGCAGCACUUGGCAUCGAAGCGCGUCAGUGCAGGACGCUUGCUCGAGCGACGACGACGGUGAAACCUCGAUGACGACGACGACCAUCACUCUGGUCGCCGAAGAGAAUAAAGACAAGGUCGCACGCGUGGGCGACAUAGCAGAGACGCCUCUCUCGAGCUCCGAAGCCGAUUCGAUUUCGACGCGCUCCGACUCGCCACGGCCCAUCGGAGACCGCAUUCCUAGCAACGCACCAUGCACCAUGAUGAACAUGGGUUUCGUGCCCGACGACGACGACGACGACUUUGAGAAUGAUCGGUAUGGGAAGAAAAAAACGGAUCGUUCGAAAAACCACGAUUAGAGAAUUUAUGACUUAAAAAAAAAGAAAAACGCUUGACAUUACUUUUAAGCGCGCGUAAUGUUUUAUAUUUUACGAUGCACCCGAUUUUUUCAGGUCUGCCAGAAUAAAAAACAGUAAAAUCUGCUCUCCAACAUUUUUUCAUUAAAAUAAGAGUUUAUCCUUUCACGUCUGUAUCCCAUUCUUAUAGUCUUAUAUUCCUUAGGAUCUUAUACUCUAAAAAAGUGUAAGAAGCCAUUUUUUUGGCCAUAUACCUUUGAUAGCGGCACGACUGAUUGUGGAUCAAUUCGAACUUCCUAGGCUAGACGAAGAGCCUCCCAAGCUUGAAGCUGUGAUCUUGGAAACUGACCGUUGCAAAAGCAAUUGUUCGGCGGCAGACGAAGCUCCUCCAAUUCUCGAUCCAGCAAACAAUCAAAACGUAAAUUAUCGCAAAAGCAUCUGGUUCCUCAUUAUGUACCAACUAGAGUGAUCUUUCAACUAUUUUGACAGAUCAAAAUUUUGAACAUUGAUUUCAUCAUGACCUUUUGAAAGAUCAAAUUUAGAAAUUUCAUUUAAAAUGAUCUCUCAUUUUAAUGACAUGUUAAUCUGUCAAGUAAAACGAUAGGUCACAUUGUUUAGACUUUUUAACUUUUCAUUUAGCCAAAAUGUUUACAUGUUAUAUUUUAGGUGACAUUUUAUGAAAACUUUGACCGAAAGAUUGGGCGAAAGAUCUUUUUGGCAGACUCUAGUAUACACCAAUUUCAGGCUCCUUCUUCGUUCUCGGCCUAUCAGAAAAUGACAGGCGAGACGACGACCAACGACGGCUACUCGACAGAAGACGAGCCGCCUCCCUGUCUCUCCCCGAACGUCGGCACGGACAACGCAUUUUCUGAACGCGAGGUGUGUCCCACUUUUGCUUGCUUCAAUUGAAAAAAAAAAUUUCAAGUUUCGACCACAUCUGGGAGUAAACAACUCAAUCUGUCAAUAAAGAGGAUUCACCUCCUAAUAGUACAUUUUAAGACAUGGGGCGCGCCGUAGCGCAACAGGUUGUGUGCCUGUUUACGGUCCACGGGGUCACAAGUUCGAUCCCUGCCUCGACCCAACCAUGGGGUUUGAGAAAUGUUAGUAGUGGGAAACCACGACUUCAAAAAUUCCCACCCUUCACACACAAGGACGGAUAUGUCACUUACAUUUUAAGACCUGAAACGGCUGCGCGAUACAUUCCUCUAAUUUAAUUUUUUUGAUCUUUUACACUUUUAGAACAGUGUUUAAAAACAAUUUAUCUGAAGAUCGAAAAAUGUGGAGGGUUUGUUUUCAGCUGGCCAUGGAUAGACCGCCGAACGCGCCGGCCGCCAUGAAAAAUCUGGAGGAUGAGCAAGCCAGCUUGUACCAUCAGCAGCAGCAGACACAACAAAACAGCGUCCAUGCAUUGAGCGUCGCUUCGGCUUCGCAACUGCAGCAGCAGCAGCAGGUCGCGCCCUCUUCGUCCACUUCAUCGUGCUGUGGGCCACCGCCCAUGCCUCUGCCACCGCCGCAACCCAGCACGCCACUAAUCAGCUAUCAGAGGUUCACGAUUUUUCCUUGUAGCGCCUAUUGUUAGAGGAGAUCUAGAAAACAUACAGCAUCCUUCUAAGAGCUUCUAGGCGUACUUCGAAAGGGCGAAAUUUGGUUUAUUGAAAAAUUUGCACUUGAAAUUCAAUUAGGUCGAAGGGUGCAAUUUUUUCUUCUUUUAAUCUUUCUGUUCAGUCAGUCAAUUAAUAACUAGUCAAAUAAUACAGGGCUAGGCUAAAUUCUUGGAGGGCAUUCGCUUGGUUAUAUCUCAUGAUGAAAAGAGUUUCAGACAAACUUUGAUUAUCUUUUUCAAGACACCGUAUCAAGGAUAGCACAUGGAAAAAAAAAAUUCGAUUUCACAAUCUCAGGCGGAGAUUUUCUGAAAAUUUUUGUGUAAUUGCCCAAGACACUCAAGCAACUAAGACUGUUGGCUAGACCGUACUCAAAUCAUUUCAUUCAGAAAAAUUUGUGAAAUAUGCCGCCGUAUGUUAAUAAAGCGCGAUACCGCAAGUUGAAGCCGGGUAGGAGGCUACGGUUAAGACCGACCAUCCUAGACAGCAGUAUGAAGAAAAACCAGCUAAUUUUCGAACGGAGAUUUUUUCAAAUUUUUCAUAUCGCUAGGGAAUCUCCGACGGCGACGUUUCCGAUUAAUUUCUUUCCGACUUUUUUUCCUUUUUCUCUGUGUUUUAGUCAUGAUUCAUGAAUCAACGGCUUACUUUGUAUAGAAAGAUUCACAACGAAGAUAUUAUCAAGAAAAAUAAUAGUCGUAAACCUCGCAGUCAGCAAGUUCCGUAGCGAUAUUAAAAAAUAAGAAAAUUCGCUGGCUUUUAUUUUAUACCUCCACCUAGACACUAUUUUAGGGUGUAAAAAAAGUUUCUUGUUUAGGUCUCACGUUGGGUUUCAUUCUAGACCUUCUGAAAAAGUGCCUUUUUGAUAACGCUGAUAUUGAAAAAUACUGUUGCCUGUGCAAUGUUCAUGGCCUGACACUACCAAAAGAAGAAUCAUCUGCUAACCGGCCAUGACUUUUUUUCGUUUUUUCUUCUUAGUCAUAUUGAAGAGUCAUAUUGAAGACUAAGAUUUACUUACACGGGAAGUGCGAAAGGUCGAGCUAUUGGAAUUUAAUAAAACUUGGUAUAUAGGUACUUCCGAACACCUUGAAUCCAAAGCAGUUGAAAAAAAGUGCGCCUUUUUGGUUCUAGUCGAGUUAGGGCGCCUCAAAGUUUGCACGCAAAAAAUACAUUGAAAGGGAGGAGGUAAUGUGUUGCGGCGGCAAACUCUAGCUGCCAGCAGGCGGCGUGGUGUAGUGGCUAGAGGCCUCGCGCUGUGAAACCUAUGAUGCAGGUUCGGUCCCUUUUUGGUGAAAUUUUUUGCCAUGAAGUUUUUUUCGAAAAAAAUUGAUGAAUUUUUUUGAAGAUGGAACGAAAAAUUACUGUUCAAAGUAUUAAAAUUCACUAUUUUUAUGUCGUUUUGAGAAAGACUUUCGACAAAAAAAAAUUUUUUUAGUCUUUUUUUGUCCUGCUCUGUGCAGGAAAUUUGGGCGUCGAGAUUAUUCUUGCGAGAGUUCAUAGGUUUGUGAUAUAAAUAACAACUUAUUGUAGUUCUAUGCUUCUAUUCUUAUUCAUCAAAAGAUUUUUUUUCUUCAAAGAUGGCGGUUAGUUAACCCUUUUCCUUGUCUUUUUUUUUCCAUUCCCUGCAGCAUCGCCAUAUCAUCUCGAUUGUGAAAAUAAAGUGAAGCUGGGCUUUGAUACACAUUUUUAAACAGAUAACGUCAUAAAGGAAGGAAAGAAGAAUAAACUUCAUAGAACUUUGAUUUUAUUGGUUGAUCAGAAAUUUUUUCGAAGGAAUAAGUCAACCAUAAGCCUUAUGGUUAGGCAAGGAAAAUUGAGCAAAAAAAUUUUUUGUCGAAAUUCUUUCUCAGAUAAGCAUAAAAUGGUGAAUUUCAAAAUUUUGAGCUGUUCUUUCACUCCAUCAAAACUUCCUCAUUUUUCAAAUAAAAAAAAUUGGCAAAAAAACUUCACCAAAAAGGGACCGAACCUGCAUCAUAGGUUUCACAGCACAAGGCCUCUAGCCACUACACCACGCCGCCUGCUGGCAGCUAGAGUUUGCCGCCGCAACACAUUCCCUCCUCCCUUCCAAUGCAUUUUUUGCGUGCAAACUUUGAGGCGCCCUAACUCGACUAGAACCAAAAAGGCGCACUUUUUUUCAACUGUUUUGGAUUCAGGGUGUUCGGUAGUACCUAUAUACCAAGUUUCAUUAAAUUCCAAUACCUCGACCUUUCGCACUUCCCGUGUUAAAAACGUGUUUCAAACGUGAGCUCUCUGGAGGCAAGUUAUAAGGCAAGAUUGGCAAAAAAAAAAACCUGCAUGCGGUGACCGACGUGAUCUCUUAAAGACUCGAGGUUGUCAUUUCCAAAAAAGAUUGAAGACUGUUUCUUCAAAUCAGAAGUCGAAACUCAUUGCGUCGUAAUAUGUAACGAUUUGAACGUCAUCAAACAACACCCCUGUCGAUCAAAAAAGCGCUACAGUCAAUCAUUCCCGACUGUAGUCUGUUCAGGUUUUGAAUGUCAAGUAGCAAACUCUGCCCCCAAAAAAUCUCUGUGGGUGGCUCUCUGAUUGGUUUUGAUCUACGCAUAGAGGUGGAGUUUGACCAAUGACUAGACAUUCAAAAUCUGAACAGACUCUAGAAAUGAAAAGAAAAAGGGAAAGACGAAACUCCGUGCAGCCUUGAUAGGCAACUUGGCAAGUGACGUGUUGCGUACGUAAAAAUAAAAACUUAAUGGUGUCUUCUCACAGUGUGGACGGUUGAAGCCGAGCCUUUUUGCUGUAUAGUCAAUCCUUGCCGACCUGAAAAGCGAGAUGGGUAGAGUGGCAAGGAGGAAGCGUUGCGUACGCGACGCGGCCAUCUGGCGGGAAACUUAAAGUCAAACGCAGCCACGUUUGUUAAUGUGCAACGCGUUUCCCUUGUCAAACUACCCACCUCGCCUUUUAAAUUGGGAAUAGUCGACUACACAAAUUUUUUUUUCAGUGUCACAAAACAGAACACGCCGGGGAGUGUACCGUCGAGCACGUCUUCCUGUCCUCCACUGCCGCAGCUGCAUCAGCAGACGCCCGAACAAUUGGCCUUCAUGAGUCCGCAGACAGUUCAAGUUUGGUUUCCGCCCUAUAUCUUCGAUAUGAAAAAAGUGGCUGGUGGAGGCAUUUCUGUUCGAAAUUAUCAUGAGGCCAUUAGCGUUCCCUCCAGCUUGCCGGUCAAAUUGAAAAAUAUGAACCGACGCUUAAUCUUGACCAACAAUAAUUAAGCAUACCAAUUAAUCCAGAGAGAUAAAUUUAGGGCGUUUGUGGAGCCCAGACGCCAUCCGUCUCGUCAAUUCAUUCAGCGCACAACAGCUCAAUCGACAUGGUCGAUUCCUCGUCGCUGGCUAAUUUCGUAAGUAAUGCCGCGUUCAAUAUGAAAUUUGAGCAACAAGAGAAUGAUUUGAACUCUUUUUUUUUUUGAUAUAUGUGCUUUUUACUUUUUUGUUUUGUUUUGUCAUUGUUGAAAGAUUUAAAGAAUAAGAGAGAUCAAAUCAAAUAAUUUAUUUUGUUGUUUUAGUCAGAUUUAACUCAUCAGGCGGUAAACAAGAACUUUUGAUGCUAUAACGAGCAACCGCCUUUGGCAAACUGGAAGUCUAAACGUUUAGCUCAUAAAGUUAAAAGCAUGGUCUCUGCCUCUUUCUUUUAAGCCUAGUACAUCCAGAUGCGCCUUGACGAGCUCAGAAUGUAGUGAAUCUUGCGCGGAGACCGUGCUCCAGGUGGAAGCCUCGAAAUGAGAGCGAACACUUCGAGUGAAGACUUCACACGGAAGUGGUUUGUGGAGAAGUUUGCGGGACGCGUAGCGUGUGUCUACGCAGUUCUUGGCACGAGUUCAACUCAACCGCCAUCGACUAAAAAGCUCUUUUUGUAUCUACUAUACUAUUUUUUUAAUGCGCAUAUGAAAAAAGUGAAUAAAUAACUUUUAAAAUAAUGAAAAAGUGGUAAACGAGCUCUCCAAAUAUUCACUGACGGUUGAAUUGAACUGGUGCCAAGAACCACGAACGAGCACGCUACGCCUCCGUCUCCCUCACCAUUCCAAAAAAAAUUGACUGUACACACAUGAACAGUCGUGAAAACACAACGGCCAUUUUUUAGGGGAAAUUUGAUAUCGCUCAUUUUUUUGUACAGGCGCAGCAGUCGGCGACGAUGCCAGCCAACACCACCGGCUCUUCGCUUCUGCCAAGCAACCAAUCCGACUCGAGCACUCCCCUCAUACAAGGUUUCCGUUGUGACUUCGAAUGUGCUCCAAAAGUCAUCGUCUGCCUAACAGGGUUCACAAAUCAGCAUCAGUCCUCCGGUGCCACCAACUUGACGCCAAUGGUGGCUCCGUCAGGUCCUCCGGCUCCGAAGCUGCCGUCAGCCUCGCGCCGGUCGGAAUCUACCGCGCUUCGUCGCCAGCGCCAACAACAACAACAACAACAACAACAGCAGCAGCAAGAACAACAACAGCAGGUUUGGUAAACCAGUACCUCAGUCUUUGAGACUACUCGAGUGCACACACUUGAAUUCUUAUACGUGACUUCAGAUGCAAAUGCACCAGAUGCAACAGCAACAUAUGUCACACAUGAAUUCGGUGCACCUAUCACAAUUCGGCUAUUCGUACAACGCGUAUCCGUACUCUACCGCCGGAGCUCAGUUCGACCCUUCAACUUUUCAUCAUCAAUAUUGGCAAGGUUGGCGUUUCUUGUCAUUCCAUAUUUGCCGGGUUACGUGAAGCCAAACUAUUGAACCGUCUCAGAAAUUUGUUCUACGAUAAAAAAAAAACCGUCUUCGAAUUGAAACUAUCCGUCAGAGAAUGAAAAAAAAUACCUAAAUCAUCUACUCACUAGUCAGCGGGGCGGGGCGCCCCGCCCCACUGAGUAGAUAAUUUAGGUAUAUUUUGAUAGAUUUUAUUCAACCUCUUUCAAAUCCGGCUGCGAUAGAAUUCCAAAUUUUUUUUUCCCUGAAAAAUGAUGUUUUCUGUGACCAGAGGGACUAGAUCUACAUACCAUUCAAAAAUAAGCUCCCCUAACUUUUUUCACAGACGUAUUGGGCAACUUUUGAAAAAAGAUUUGAAUUCAGCGUGAAAAACUACAUCUAGAAAAAGCUGGCCUCAUUCUAAUGCCGUGUUCAAAGUGAUUCCGCGAAAUUCAAAAUAGCUGUCAGAGAAAGAGAAAGAUAACUAAAUUUUGGAGGGUCAGAGACCAUUUUGCAUUUCGCGGAAAUUACUUUGAACACGGCAUAAAGUCCCUCUGCGUCCAGAGACCAUUCCCUGGUAAGUUAAGGUUGUUGGAAAACGACUCUUAUAAUUAUCUGAAAAAAACUCUGAAAGUUUUUAUUAUGAACCUUUGAAAAAAACUUUAUGGUGUUCAGUAUUUAGGCUUAAUCAGAUAAUUCAGAUCUUCCAGGCUUGAGCGAGAAGAAGUUUCAAAAUAAAUAAAAUAAACUGCGUUCAAGUUAUCUGCGUAACUUUCAAAAUGGUGUAUAGUGAUAAUACAGAAUGAAAUUUUAAGCAGCAAUGAAACUAUGAAAUAAAUGAACGAGAAAAACAAUAGAAAACGCGCGCUGAUGAGAAAUCUGUGGUAGAUUUACAGUAAGGCAAUCAGUACAAAUACCGGUGGCUCUCAGCGGUCUAGCCCACAUAUAAUCAACCUUUUUUUCGAAAAACACUGGGAAUUCAACAUUUUGGUGAAAUAUGAUAAAAUUUUGCCUUUUGUAGGAGCCAUGUUACAAGCCAAUCAAUCGACAGGGCUGCCAUGUUACCCAAACGGCGUUACUUCAAGCGGACCCCGUGUGCCGAUGCCGACGCAACCAGCCUGGUCACGAUAUCAGGCCGGAACAAGUGGCGCUUCUUUCGGCCAGCAGUCGGUCGCAGCGGCGGCUGCAGCCAAUGUCAUGCAAUCCAACUCGUUUGCACAGAUGCCUCCAGAGUUCGCCGCCGCCGCUGCCGCCUAUCCAUCCUUCACCCCGUAUCAAAUGAACUUUUAUCUCCCGAAAAAUAGCUAG